CCGUCAAAAGUCAUUUGUCACAAUUUCCUGGAAUUCGUAAAUUGUAAAUAACAUGCCUAAAAGUUUAAUAAAUACUACGUAAUUCCAUUUAAAUAUAGCAAUAUCCAUCUAAGGUUAGAUAAAGUUGUUAAAUAUACAUCCAGUGAUUCUCAAGUGACAUUUUAUUACUUAUUUGUUGUUGUGUAAAGAGCACAAUUGAUGCAAAAAGUUAUCGCGGAAUAAAUUUGAGAAAUAAUAUUUAGUAACGGUUCUCCGUUACUUUCCCAGUGAAAAACUUAAUAUGCCUCAUGAUUUAAAAGGCCUGGCGGCAAGGAAGGCUCUCAUGGCUCCCUUAUCACCAACUCCAUGUGCCGAAAUCAGUGAUGAUGAGCUGGUCUCCAUAUCAGUGCGGGACUUGAACAGGCAGCUGAAGAUGAGGGGCUUGACGAGGGAUCAGAUUGUAAGAAUGAAGCAAAGACGGCGUACAUUAAAGAAUCGGGGUUACGCAGCGUCGUGUCGAAUCAAACGAAUAGAGCAGAAGGAUGAAUUGGAAACUGAGAAAAGUCAGGAAUGGCACGACAUGGAAGCAAUGCAGGAAGAAAAUAACAGAAUUCGUGACGAAAUUGAAGCGUUAAGGUCUAAAUAUGACGCCUUGAAGCGAUUUGCCACUAUGAAAAGCAUUCCUUUGCCCGCCGACCUUGAUAUUAUACCAUAGAUGUUUAUUU